CCCUUGUCUUGGUCUCGAGAUGUCAAAAAACAACGACAAUAAGCAAGAUGCAUCCUUGAUGAAUCAAUCAUCGACUUCUCACCAAGCUAUCCAUUCUCUACAGCUGCGAAAACAGCAGUUUCCAUUCAUAUCUCAGUCCAUGCCACAGUAGGAACACUAUCCUUUCUUUUAUCAGCAACAACAGCAACAUAGCUUUGUCUUACCGUCUUCUUUCCGCCCCUCCCCGUUACUCCCUCGUGCUGACCUUCCUUCCCCAUUGCCCUCGCCUUAUCUUGCUCAUCUUAUUACAUACCCGUCUCAAGGCACCGCACUGUACGAUUCGGAGACAUACAUGGCAAAGCGCCAGAACAAUGGCCAGAUACGGCAACUAGCUCCUUUGCGAGCUUCGACCUCGUCCAACUCUGUGAUACCGUCCCCUUCGCCAGCUCCUCAGUCUGACCCCGAGUCCUCAUCGCCAUCAGCAGCAGCAAAGAAGUCGUUCUGGACUACGGCAGGAAUGGAUACAUUUAUCGACUGGAUCACCGACCCACAUAGCCACCAGCGAUUACAUGCCAAGAAUCCAAUCGCUGGACAAAAGGCCAAGGACGUACACACAGAGCUCGCCAACCUCGUCAACAAGAAGCACGGAACCGCUUGGGAUUACAAUCAAAUAAAGUCGAAGCUUGCCUACGUGAGAUCGAAAUACAGGGAGGCGUGCAAGUUGUCAUCUACCGGCGAAGGAAACACCGGUCCCUUUGGACAGGACACACUUCUCUCCAGGCAGAAGCUCGUUUGUCCACAUUUUGAGAGGAUCCAUGUGGUCUAUGGAGGAAGUCUAUCGGCAAACCCUCCUCCACCACGGCAGACAGUAUUCUAUAGGGAUGAACGAGCCAUGGAAGAGACUGACGGCGAGUGCAGUGACUUGGAAGCCAUCGAGGAUACACCCCAUGCUAAUCCAAUCGCGGGUGCGCACAUUGACGAUGGCAGUACUGGCCCGCCGAGCAAGCGCCAAAAAGACAAUGGUCUUUCGACUCUAUCAGCUAUCGCUGAGUCCAUGACCGAAUUAAGUAAGAUGGCGAACCAGUCGCGACAGGCCCAUGACGAGGACAGGAAUCUGCAGAGGCUUCAAUUACAGGCGAUCGAACGGAGGGAGCGGGAACUUGUACAGAGAGAAUUGGGGCUCGGAGAGAGGCUAGUCAGAUUAGAAGGGGAACACCAGGAGAUGCUCAAUAAGAGAGAAAGGAGGCAAGGGCGAAGCUUAGGCAGGAAUUUGAGGCCGAGAGGGUUGCAUUCAGAAAGGAGUUAGCGGAAGAGAAGGCUGCAGUAAAGAAGGAUUUCGCGGACGAGAAGGCUGCGUUCCAGAAGGAUAAGUCGAUGUUCUUUGAAGAGCGAGAUGAACUUAAGUCGCGGAUCUCGUCCUUGACGAUGGAGCUGGAAAUUAGAAGACUUUCAUGGAAAGAAGUGCAAGGAUGCAAAUAAAAGGUCGUAGGCUUAUCCUCAUCGACGGUAUCCACCUAUUCUAAAACGGUCCCUGAGGACCUACACCUUCAACUUAUCUCUCUUCGCUUUCACCUCGUCCUCGUGUGCGCCUUGCAACUCUACAAUGGGGCACCUUCCUCGUUCUGUGCAGGAUGAUAAAAGGCUACCUCAUUC